AUGACUGCCCUCCAUCCUCCAUUCCGGACCAAGUCCCUGCUCCUACUCGCCGUCAUCUCUCUUCUCGCCCGGAUGGCCUAUUCCGAUUCGUCCUCCUCAUCCGAAUUACCCACUUCGCAACUGAUCACCAAGGCCAACACACUCCUAGCGACAGGCCAAGCCUCCAAAGCACUCGAACUCUACGAACUCGUCCUCGAGCGAGACCCGGAUGACUAUCUCACCCUCUACAAGAAAGCAACCACUCAGAUGAGUCUCGGCCAAAACCAUCACGCCUCUCAGUCCCUGCAGAAAGUAUUGAGCCUCAAAGACUUCGAUAAGGCUCAGAUCCAGCUGGCCCGGAUCCAUCUCAAAUCGGGCGACUAUGAUGCCUGCCAAACCGAACUAGACUCAUUCAGGAAAAACCAUGACAAGUCCUCAGUCGAUUUCUCCUCACUCGAACAGGAUCUCAAGUCGGCCCAAAAACAUCUCAAAAAUGCCCACUCGAACAUCAAGGCUAAAAACUACUCCAAAUGUGUCGAAGAAGCUUCUGCCGCCAUCAAGAUCAGUCCUCAGAGUCCUGCUUUACGUCAGUUGAGAUCGGACUGUCAUUUCAUGCAAGGUCAUAUUCAAGAGGCUUCUGGUGAUCUCACUCAUGUUACCCAUCUGUCGCCGAAUAGCCCAAUAGCCGCUCUCCGACUGUCCUUCCUGAGCUACUUUUUCCUAGCCCAGCCGCUCGAACAGUCGAUGAAGCCGAUCAAGAAGUGUCUGCACUCGGACCCGGAGUCGAAGGCGUGCAAGAAAGCGUUCCGACAGCUCAAGGCGCUUGAGAAAGAGCUCGCCAAGGUGCGCAACUUCAGCAACUCGAACGGACACCGGUCGGCCAUCAAGCUUUUGAUCCCCAAAGGAAACGAGGCCGAGGGCCUAAUCGAGAAAACUAGGGUGAUCAUCAAGGAAGCCCAACUGGCCGAUCUCAAAGCGGGCAUCGACGAACCCUUGAUCUCUGCGGAGGUUGAGGAGGUCGAAAAGCUCUCGAGACUUCUGACUUCGUUAUACUCGUUCGGAUGUAAGGCGUACGUGGGUCUCAACGAGCUCAAGAACUCGCAAUCAAUCUGCGAGACCUUACAUGCUCGAGACGAAAACGACAUCUGGGGAGUGAUCAGCAAAGCCGAGACUCUCAUGGCCAACGAAGACUGGGAACAGGCCGUCAACCUGCUCAAGGAGGCGUACAGCAAGAAUGAGGACGAGGAAGAAAUCUCUAGCCGGUUGAGAAAGGCCCAGAAAGGCCUCAAGAUCUCCAAACAGAAAGACUACUACAAGGUCUUGGGCGUGCCCAAAAACGCCGACGAGCGCACUCUCAAAAAGGCUUAUCGCAAAGCUACCCUCAAGGCCCAUCCUGAUAAAGGCGGCUCGCAAGCCAAAAUGACCGCGCUCAACGAAGCUUAUGAGGUACUUUCGAACCCUGAGCUACGAGCGCGCUACGACAACGGCGAUGAUCCUAAUGAUCCGAUGUCAGGACACGGAAACCCGUUCGGCGGCGGCGGCGGAAACCCCAUCUUCCAGCAGUUCUUCCAACAGGCCCAUUCCGGCGGCGGUGGUAAUCCGUUCGGAGGCCAGUUCCCCGGCGGCGGUGGCGGCCAAACUUUCAGCUUCAGAUUCGGAUAG